AUUUUUAGUUAAUAUUAUUAACAAAACGAAGUUCUUUGCGAGAGGUUGUGUUGCUGACGGCCUGGCCUGGCUAGAGUGUGGUGAAGUACUCGAUCGAGCAACAGCGACACGAUCAGUUGCGGUGGUGGCGUUGUUCGUUGACGGUGGUUUGUCAUUUCGCAGUUACUCUGCAAAAUUACUACGGUUCCACGUACCGAAAUACAUGACGAUAUCGGUCGGCGGUCGGUCGGUCGUACUUUUAUUGACGUGAUGAUUUGAACACAACGGCUUCCAAUGGGUAUUUUACGUUAAGCAAAAAAAGGAGGAAAAAUAAAUACCAAGAAAUUUAAUAAUGCAAAAAAGUAGAACAACCAACGUCUUAAAGGCCGCGUGUUGGAAUCGUGACGUUUGAUCGUAUUCGGCGUUUGAAAUAUUAAUGCAAAAAAAGUGUUUUGAAAACGAAAAAACGAAAAUGUGCAAAUAUUAUCCACAUCAGUUGCCAUUGGCUGUCAUUAAUGUAUCAUGGCCUAAAAUAUUGCCAAAAUUAUGUGAAUACCUUUCACAAAAGUGAAAUUUUGAAGAGAAAAAAAGAAAUGCAAAAAAAUUCCCUUACAUUUCACAUCUUCGACAAAUCAGUGCACAAGAAAACCCAAAUAGAAAAUAAGAAAAAAAGAGUAAAAGAAAAAAAAAUAUAAGAAAACAAAAGUAAGAAAUCCAACUACCUCUAAGUCUGCCAGUCAGAAUGGAUAACCGAGCGGCAGCAACAAAAACAACAACAACACCAACUGUGGAUAAUGAUGCCGAUGUUGGUGGUGAUAAUGGCCUGCUGCGUGUAUUCCCCCAGCGUCAUCGUCGCAGUAUAUCCCAGCUCAUAGCCAAUUUAGACAACCAGCAGACCAACACUGAUCGACUAAGUGGCGGCUACAUUAACAAUGCCUAUCAUUACGACGAACUAGAUCACAACUACCUCUACGGCCAGUUUGAUGCCAAUGCCGAUUACAGUAUGGCCGAUACGCAGAGCAAUGCCUACGAGGAGAGUGUAGUGGACGAGUAUAUCGGUGGUGAGAUUUGUGAGGAUCGCGAUAUACGAUGUAUACCCGAGUUUCAAUUUUCCAUGGUUGAAUCGGAAUUCGAUGAGGCUCUGAAUAUACCCGAUUCGGUGACGAUAAUAUCGGCGGGUGGUGACAAGCCGGUACUGGUGGAACGCAAAGAUUGUACCGAUGACGAUGACUACGAUGAGGAUCAGGUGGAAUUGCGUAAACUCCAAGAAAUACCAUUUACCCGCAUCUAUUCGCCGGGCAUUAAGUUUACCUCGUUUCAAAGGAAGGUCUUUAUGCCGGGCACCGAGAUAACGGUACAAAUUAUAGACAUCGAACGUAGCGUGACAACGCAUCUGCUUAAUCCAAAUUUAUACACCAUAGAACUCACCCAUGGCCCCUUUUCCUGGACCAUUAAGAAACGCUACAAACACUUUAGUACUUUACAUCAACAGCUCAGCCUGUUCCGCACCUCCCUAAACAUACCCUUCCCAAUGCGUAGCCAUAAGGAGAAGCGGGCCACAAUAAAAAAUGCUGCCAUCCAAAUGGCCGAUGAAUGUCGGCUAAAGGAACUGCAAAAAUCUUCCAGUUUCAAGCAUAACGCCAAUAAGGCUCGUGCCGAAUAUGAGGCGAAAAUAACCACCCAGCCACAAUCCCUGCCCAUGACCCCGAUUUACAAUAGAAAUAUUUCCAUUGUGGAAGAUGUGGGUAGGGGCAGCACGCGAAAGAAAAGGAAAAAACGUAAAUUGCCAAGAUUCCCUCAGCGGCCGGAAUCAUUGGUGACGGUGGAGUCAAUGCCGGUGAGGGUGCGACAAUUGGAGGAGUAUUUGUAUAAUCUACUGAACAUUAGUCUCUACAGGAAUCAUCAUGAAACGCUAAAUUUCGUUGAGGUCUCCAAUGUCUCCUUUGUGGAUGGCCUGGGCAUUAAGGGCAAGGAGGGUCCCAUUUUGAAACGCACUGGCUCCACCAGACCCGGCCAGGCUGGUUGUAAUUUCUUUGGUUGCUUCCAGCAGAAAUGCUGCGUGCGCUGCAACUACUUCUGUUCCGACGUGGUCUGUGGCAAGUGGCGCAACCGUUGGUUUUUCGUCAAGGAAACUUGUUUCGGUUAUGUUCGACCCUCAGAUGGCGUAAUUCGAGCUGUGAUAUUAUUUGAUAUGGGUUUUGAUGUCUCUACGGGCAUUUAUCAGACCGGCAUGCGCAAGGGUCUGCAGAUAUUGACCAAUAAUCGCCACAUUAUCUUGAAAUGUUGGACGAGAAGAAAAUGUAAAGAGUGGAAUGAUUAUCUAAAGCAGACGGCCAAUUCGACGGCCCGUGAUUUUACGGCGCCCAAUCCCCAUAAUUCCUAUGCUCCGGAAAGGGCUGACAUAGAGGCUCAAUGGUUUGUUGAUGGUUCCUCUUACAUGGCCAUGGUGGCGGAUGCCUUGGAGGCAGCUACCGAGGAGAUAUACAUUGCCGAUUGGUGGCUAAGUCCGGAGAUUUAUAUGAAGAGGCCAGUCAUCAAUGGAGAUUAUUGGCGUUUGGAUAAGAUUCUGCUGAGAAAGGCCCAGGAGGGUGUCAAGGUGUUCGUGAUGCUCUACAAGGAAGUGGAAAUGGCCCUGGGCAUCAACAGCUACUACAGCAAGCAGAGACUGGUUAGUUUACAUGAAAAUGUUAAGGUCAUGCGCCACCCGGACCAUGCCAGGGCGGGGGUCUUCUUCUGGGCCCACCAUGAAAAAAUCGUGGUGGUCGACCAAACCUAUGCCUUUUUGGGCGGCAUUGAUCUCUGCUAUGGCCGUUGGGAUGAUUAUCGCCAUCGCCUCACCGAUUUGGGUAGCAUUUCCACAUCCUCUGCCUCGGGUAGCACACGACGCCAGGGUGGAUUUUUCAAUCGCGAAGAAGUAGAUUCAGCCUUUGGUAGCCAGAAAUCUUCACGCAAUAUCAACAGCGAUCUUCACAAAUCGGAACAGGAUGAAUUGAGUCGGGAAGCCAGUGAAGAGAGGCUGGACCUGCCUUCACUACUGCCAGGGGACAAGCUAAUGAUACCCAAUAUGGGCUUGGUCCCGGUAACCUUGGAUGAAACGCUACCCCAUGAGGGCAUGAAACUUAACACCCCCGAAUUGGAGCGGAAAAAUAUGCUUCAAAAUCUCAAGGACAAUGCCAUGAAAAAGGGCAAGGAUUUCGUCAAUCGUCUGACCAUGAAUGAGGGGGACAAAACGCCGGAUAUCAUCAAAGAUCCCAAACAAUUGGUGUUUAGCAUACAGGAGCUGGAAGAAGGCCGCAAGGGAGGUCUGGAGGACCCCACACCCUUCCAGACCGAGGUUCUGCAGGAUUUCUAUGGCCAGGCCAAAUAUUGGUUUGGCAAAGACUAUUCAAAUUUUAUACUCAAAGACUGGAUGAAUUUGGAUGCCCCCUUUGCCGAUAUGAUCGAUCGUACCACCACGCCUCGCAUGCCUUGGCAUGAUGUGGGCAUCUGCGUGGUAGGAGCACCGGCGCGGGAUGUUGCCCGCCAUUUUAUACAACGUUGGAAUACCAUGAAAUUGGAAAAGACCCGUGAUUCUCUUUCAUUUCCCUACCUAAUGCCAAAGAGUUAUAAACAAAUCAAAUUGAAUCCAAACAUUAACCUCAAACGUUCACAUCGCGUUUCGUGUCAGCUGCUCCGAAGUGUCUCGUCGUGGAGUUGUGGUUUCAUUGAACAGGAUUUGGUGGAACAGAGCAUACAUGAUGCCUAUAUCCAGACGAUAACGAAGGCCCAGCAUUAUAUCUAUAUUGAGAAUCAGUUCUUUAUCACCAUGCAAUUGGGCGCCACUGGGACGCUGAGUAAUGUACGGAACCAGAUUGGUGAGGCGUUGUUCAAGCGCAUUGUUAGAGCACACAAGGAACGCAAAGUAUUCCGAGUUUAUGUUGUCAUGCCUUUGCUGCCAGGCUUUGAAGGUGAUGUGGGUGGCAGCAGUGGCAAUGCUGUGAGGGCCAUUACCCACUGGAAUUAUGCCUCAAUAUCAAGAGGAAAAUCCGCCAUUUUGGUACGUCUCAAGGAAAUCGGAAUUAAAAACCCUGGAGAGUAUAUAUCAUUCCACUCCCUGCGCACUCUCUCCGAAUUGAACAACACACCCAUUACCGAACUGAUAUAUGUACAUUCCAAGCUAUUAAUUGCCGAUGAUCGGGUGGUCAUUUGUGGCUCGGCCAAUAUCAAUGAUCGGUCGAUGAUUGGCAAACGCGAUUCGGAGAUUGCGGCCAUUAUCACGGACAAUGAAUUCGAGGAUGGUCGGAUGAAUGGCAACAAAUAUCCGAGUGGGGUGUUUGCAGGACGUCUAAGGAAGUAUUUGUUUAAAGAGCAUUUGGGUCUCUUGGAUCCUGAUGCUGAACGCAUGCGCAUUGAUGUCACAGAUCCAGUGAUAGAUCAAUUUUGGAAUGGCAUGUGGAGGCGUAUCUCAAAACGCAACACCGACAUUUACGAUGAAGUUUUCAAAUGUGUUCCAAAUGAUAAUAUCAAAACCUUUGCCAGUCUAAGGAAAUAUCAGGAAGAAAGUCCGCCCUUGUGUAAAACAGAUCCGGAUGUGGCGGCCAAGAGACUAUUGAAUAUUCAGGGAACCUUGGUGGACUUACCUUUGGAUUUCCUAAACAAAGAGGUCUUGACACCGCCUGGAACCAGCAAAGAGGGUCUCAUACCCACAUCUGUCUGGACAUAGUUUUAAGUUUAUUUGUUUGAUUUUUUUUUUUAUCACAUUUUGUUAUAAGUAGACAUUUGUAUAUAAAAUAUUGUUUUAUUUUUGUUUAUUGUUUUUAAGACCAUACUCUUGUAAAAAAAUAUGUUCUAUAUAGAUUAAGACGAUAUAUAUCUAGGAAGAACCAAGGAGAUUCAGUCCACCUUUGUGUUCUAAAUGGUAACAAUGCACAAAUCAAAAUAUGUUAAUUAUUGUUGUAAUAAGACAGUAUUUCUUUUUUUUUUUUUUGUAAACAUAGGAACGUCCAAACCAUAUUCCAAACUAAAUAAAUAUAAUUUAUUUUUUUUUAAUUUUUAAAUUGUACAAAUAUUAUAUUUUUAAUACCUAUAAUGAAUAAAAUCAUUGUUAAGCAGAAAAAG